AUGGAAGAUCCCAAUCGGAUGUGCCACACUGGUGGCAUGAUGGCACCACAGGGCUAUGGUCUGUCCGGUCAGGAUGAUGGCCAAAAUACUGGCAGCGAGAACGAAGUGCGCAAGCAAAAGGACAUCGGCGAGAUAUUGCAACAAAUCAUGAGCAUUUCGGAACAGUCGCUGGACGAGGCACAAGCUAGAAAGCAUACGCUUAACUGUCAUCGUAUGAAGCCAGCCCUGUUUUCGGUGCUGUGUGAAAUUAAAGAGAAAACCGUCCUUUCAAUUCGCAACACUCAGGAGGAGGAGCCUCCAGAUCCGCAACUGAUGCGCCUGGACAACAUGCUGAUUGCCGAAGGCGUUGCAGGACCAGAAAAGGGAGGAGGUGGCGCAGCAGCAGCUUCUGCUGCGGCAGCUAGUCAGGGCGGAUCUCUGUCAAUAGAUGGGGCUGAUAAUGCCAUAGAGCAUUCCGACUACCGUGCCAAGCUGGCACAGAUUCGGCAGAUAUAUCAUCAGGAAUUGGAGAAAUACGAACAGGCAUGCAACGAGUUUACCACUCACGUUAUGAACCUUUUGCGCGAACAAAGUCGCACCAGACCCAUUACACCGAAAGAGAUCGAACGCAUGGUUCAGAUCAUUCACAAGAAGUUCAGUUCCAUACAAAUGCAGCUAAAGCAGUCGACCUGCGAGGCUGUUAUGAUCCUUCGGUCGCGCUUCCUGGACGCGCGUCGCAAGCGCCGCAACUUUAGCAAGCAGGCAUCGGAGAUUCUCAAUGAGUACUUUUAUAGUCACUUGAGCAACCCCUAUCCAUCCGAGGAGGCCAAAGAGGAACUGGCACGAAAGUGCGGAAUAACAGUCUCUCAAGUAUCCAAUUGGUUUGGCAACAAGCGAAUUCGCUACAAGAAGAAUAUCGGCAAGGCCCAGGAGGAGGCCAACUUGUAUGCGGCCAAGAAGGCUGCGGGCGCCUCGCCAUAUUCAAUGGCCGGACCGCCAAGUGGAACCACCACACCGAUGAUGUCACCCGCCCCGCCGCAGGACUCAAUGGGCUACCCGAUGGGCUCCGGCGGCUACGAUCAGCAGCAGCCGUAUGACAACAGCAUGGGCGGCUACGAUCCCAACCUCCACCAGGACCUAAGUCCCUGAGGAUAGCACCAUAUAACAAUAUACAUACGUACAUACAUACAUAUUUUCUAAUGACUGCUUGUGGUGUUGUUGUGCUACGUCCGUGCGUGUAUGGUGUGAGUCUGUAUUGACAACAAGGUUAGCAGUCUAUCCAAUAAUGUAUACGACUAAAAUAUAUAAUAAUAAUUAAAUGCGCACCUUCUUAAGCAUUGGUACAUGCAUCCCGCUUAUAUUAAAAUCAAUUUCUAUUUACCUAUAUUUGUGGAUAUAUACGUAAAUUGCAUAUACCUAUAUAAAUCGUAGAGUAAUUCAGGGCGUGGUGCAAAUGUAAACCUUUUUUUUUAACGCAUAAAGCCUUUUAUAUUGAAAUUGAAUCAAAAGUGUAGCCGAGACAUUCCUUUGGCAACGAAAAGCAGGGUUUCCCGGCGAAUAGUUGCCACAGUUGGAGCUACUAGGAAAGCCCAACAGACUCUAUAAAUCAUGUCCGAUCGCUUAGUGAGAAAAGCUAGCUGAAAUUCCGAAUUAUGAUGCCGUAUUGAAAAAUAUUUUUAUUUUCUUUUGCCCUUUUGCUAAUGCGACCUUUCAGCAUAUUUGUAGUAUUAUAUUAAAUAUUAAACGAGUAUUUUUUAUCAGAGGUUGACCCUUGAGCCAGCAAACAUUUGCACCACCCAGCUUGAAUGACCUAAAUUAUUAAAAAACUAAAAAAAAAAAUAAGAAAAAAUGAAAAAACCAUGAUGUUUAUUUGUGGCAACACAGUACAGCAUGUAUACGACAAUGUUUACUAAAAUCUGUAUGAAAUUUUUAACUUGAACAUUAUGAAAUUUAUCCAAUGUAUACGAUGUAUAUGAAGUUUAACGAAUAACAAAAUGUCAUCAAAGUCGAAAAAUCAAUUAUUACUAUUCAUAAACAACAUUUAAAGCGAUAGACGGUGCAUUUUUUUUCUUGAUCUGUUGUUAUGUCUUAUUUCUGAAGCUAUAUUUAGUCAAGUAUUUUAUUUUUUUUUAAAUAAUUCGAUCAAAUUUAAAUACAUUAGUUGUACGCAAGUCACUUUCUUCCGCCAAAAGAUAAAACUUCGAAUAGGUGUGUCAUAAUUUUGUUUCGCUUUAAAAAAUACGCCAAGAUUUCACAAAUUAAAUAUAUGUUUAAAAAAGCUGUCAUGUCCUAAAUAGCCACAACAGAAGAGUAAAAAUGUUCCCCAUUUCAAGUAAACAAUAAAUAAUUGGUCUAAUUUGUAAAACUUACAUGCAAAAUA